AUGGCAGAGCAGCUUUCCCCGGGAAAGACGACGGACCAGGUGUGCACCUUUCUUUUUAGAAAGACUGGACGCAAGGGGGGUGCAGGCCGUAGAAAACGCGGGAUCCGCGACCAAGAGUCCGGAGGCGGAGGCGGCGGCGGCAGCGGCAGCAGCGGUGACGAAGGCAACAGGGUGGUUCGUCCGGAAAAGAAGCGAGCGAUCCACACUCCGAUGGUCCAGAAGACCCAGGGCGGUGGUAAACAGAAGGGAGCUUCCGGGGACCGGAGUAGCGAGGAGGAAGUAGAGGAGCCCGAGAGUCUCGGCGUGGUCUAUAAGUCCACUCGUUCGGCGAAACCCGUUGGGCCGGAGGACAUGGGGGCAACCGCUGUGUACGAGCUAGACACGGAGAAGGAGCGUGAUGCACAAGCCAUCUUUGAGCGCAGCCAGAAGAUCCGGGAGGAGUUGAGAGGCAAGGAAGAUGAUAAGAUCUACCGGGGAAUGAAUAAUUAUCAGAAAUACAUGAGGCCUAAAGACGUGUCUGCGGGUAGUGAUUCCUCCGGAAUGGCGAGGAAGGGCCCCAUUCGAGCUCCCGAGCAUCUGCGUGCCACCGUGCGCUGGGAUUACCAGCCCGACAUUUGUAAGGACUACAAAGAGACCGGCUUUUGCGGCUUCGGAGACAGUUGCAAAUUCCUCCAUGACCGCUCAGAUUACAAGCACGGGUGGCAGGUCCAACGCGAGCUCGACGAAGGUCGCUAUGGCGUCGACGAGGAUGAAAACUAUGAAGUGGCAAGGGAUGAGGAGGAACUACCAUUCAAGUGUUUCAUCUGUCGCCAGACCUUCCAAAACCCUGUGGUCACCAAAUGCAGGCAUUAUUUCUGCGAGGGCUGUGCGCUUCAGCAUUUCCGCACCACCUCACGCUGCUACGUCUGUGACCAGCAGACCAACGGAGUCUUCAAUCCAGCGAAAGAAUUGAUCGCCAAACUGAAGAAGCGUUGA